AUGGAGUAUAGGUCUUAUUGGGCGAUAAAGAAAUUGAAUCAAGAUUUCCAAAAGGCCGGCGAGGAGAGGCGUCUCUUUCUCAAUGAGAUGGACGAAUUUCGAAUGGAAGCCUACGAUAGCUCGUCCACUAACAAAGAAAGGAUGAAAUCCUACCAUGAUAGGAUGAUUAGUCCAGGAGAUCUCACCUUGGGUGAUGUAGUUUUGUUGCACAAUUCGAGACUCUCCCUCUUCCCCGGAAAGUUGAAGUCCAAAUGGACCGAUCCUUACAUGAUCAAGAAAAUCUAUGAUAGUGGGACGGUUGAGUUUCUAGCUCUGGAUGGGACGUUGUUUCAAGCCAAUGGCCACCGAUCUGUACCUUCGCCAGCGACGGCUGCAGAAGCUGCAGUCGCCCGCUGGCCAGCUUCUGGAAACAACCUGACUCGCCGCAACGACCGCUGGAGGGCCCCCAGCGACCACCAUCCAAUUGCAGUUUCCAGGGCGAUUUUUUGA